GCAGACCGCGAAUCGAACGUCAUCACACACACACACAAAGAAGAAAAAAACAAUAACAAACCGAAAACCUAAAAAAGAAGUCUGCAAAAUUAACAAACUUUCGAAAUGGGAACCAACCCGACGCAGACCCUUCACCAGACGAUACAGAAACAGUUCGGCCUCCCCAAUCCCGGCGAUUCGUCCAAAUCGAGCAAUGACUGUCACCCGACGACGACGACACAGCCACAGCACAGAUUCGUCAUUCCGCAGCUGAAAAUCCCGCAGCUCCAGCUCCAGCAGCAGCAGCCCACCGAUCUGGCGGCCCAGGAGCGCAGCCGCCAGGCAACGGACCUGCACAACCAGCAGCUGCUCGACGAGAUUCGUCGCCGGCGUCAGGGUUCGGAAAGCGAGGCGCCACCAGGAGGAGCAGGCGGAGCAACCACUAGAUUCGUUAUUCCCCAGCUUGGAGCGGCCACUGGUGAGCCGCUGAACAUACCGCUCCUCUCUAGGCUAGAGCGUAGCGUGGGCCAGUUGCAGAUCCGCAGCGACGACGACGGCGGCGACCGGGCUGAAGAAGCCAUGAAGUCGACGACGCAGUCGCCGCUGAUCGAUCUCACCAGCACUGUGAUAGCCGCAAGCAAGGAUGGCCCACCCAAGGUGGCGGCAAGCAAGGCGCGCGAGAAGCUGGCGGCCAGCCAGGAGCACUUUAACAUCCCCUUCAAUCCCUGCGAUCUGCCUCCGGUGAGCAGGAACCCUGCUCUUCUCAGUGGUGACCUGCUGGCCAGCAGGCGGCGGCGGCACGAGAAGGAGGAGGAGGAGGCAUCAGUGCCCCCACCAGAGUCCCAGCCCGGCCCCAUUGGCUGCAUGCUGGACGUCGUCGUGGGCUAUCCAAACCUGCAGUAUGCCAUAACAGCGCUGGAACGGCACCAUCUGAAAAUGUGCAACCGCGAGGACUACGGCGGCCAGGUGAAGAGAUUCCGCUUCGACACGCCCUCGCCCGAUGAGCUGGUGAAGCAGGCGCUGCAGAAAUCCUGGCGCGUUACGCGCACUUGACUCGGGUUCCUCCUGCCACCACUUGACAAUUACCGAAAAGUAAAUCAAAUAAAUCUGUCUAGUUCCAAAGGUU